AUGGAGAAACUAUUCAACAAAGUCUUAUACGGAUCAUCUGGACCCCAAGGCUCCUCUUCCAAUGGCUCUCAAGUCUUCACCAUCCGUCCACACCCCCAAGACGACAACCUUCUCUCCAUCCUCCCCUCAACCGCACCCAAAGACUCUCCUCCCCUGUACACAAUCUACAAACGUCCCAGCAGCUCAACCCUCCUCAUGCACCGCGGCCACGCGGCCCCCGAAAACAUAAUAGCAUCAGCGACAAUGCAUCUCAGCGCAUCGCGCAUCGACGUGUCAGUGUUCAACCAGCCAAUGGUGAUCAAGAACAGCAGCAUGACGGGGAGUUGGGGGUUUCAUACACACAUGGGCAAGUUCAAGUGGAAGGUGAAUCAGAUGACCGGCACGGGGUUUGAGUUGUAUGAUCAGAGUGGGAAGAAGCUGGCUAAGUAUGGGAGUGCUGGCUGGAAGAGGUUUGGGGAGAAGGAGCUUAGUGUUUAUGUGCAGGGGGAUGAGUUCUUUGUGGUUAUGGUGUUGUUUUCUGCGGUGGUGUCGAAGGAGUUGAAGAAGAUUAUCGAUGAGGUUGUUGGGGAGGUAGCAGGUGCUGUGGCGGGUGCAUAG